AUAUAUGUUGCAAUUAGUAGAGUUGUUUUUUUUAUAUGAAAUAUGACAAUGGCUUUGAUCAGCUUUCAUAAUUACAUUAAUAUUAUUGAAGUUUUGGUGCUGUUUAUUAUCCUAAAUUGUACAACUUUUGCAAUAUCUCAAGAUUUGAAAAAUGGAGCAUCUUUUAUUUUUGGAGAUUCUUUGGUAGAUGCUGGCAACAAUAAUUACUUACAAACACUGUCUAAGGCUGAUUCUCCCCCCAACGGCAUCGAUUUUGAGGCCUCCGGUGGAAAUCCGACCGGUCGCUUCACAAACGGAAGAACCAUCGGAGAUAUUGUUGGGGAGGAAUUGGGGCAGACACGUUACGCCAUGCCGUUUCUUUCCCCGAACACCACCGGAAAAGACAUAUUAUACGGUGUCAAUUAUGCGUCGGGAGCUGGAGGAAUUAUGAAUGCUACCGGGAAAUUAUUUGUAAACAGGCUAUCGAUGGAUGUUCAAGUUGACUACUUCAACAUAACGAGGAAAGAAAUUGAUAAUUUGUUGGGUUCAUCAAAUGCAAGAGAAUAUCUCCAGAAAAAGUCAAUCUUCUCAAUCACAAUUGGGUCAAAUGAUUUUCUAAAUAAUUACUUAUUACCUGUUGUCUCAAUGGGUGAAAGAAUUUCACAAACCCCUGAUGCAUUUGUUGAUGAUUUAAUUAAUCAUCUCAGACUACAGCUUACGAGAAUUUAUCAAUUGGAUGGAAGGAAGUUUAUAGUGGGAAACGUUGGACCAAUAGGGUGCAUUCCGUAUCAGAAAACGAUAAACCAGUUGGGCGAAAACGACUGCGUUUCGUUGCCAAAUAAGCUGGCGAUUCAGUACAAUAGGAGGCUGAAGGAUCUUUUGCACGAGCUAAACGAGAAUCUAGAAGGUUCCACUUUUGUUCUUGCCAAUGUUUAUGAUCUUGUCAUGGAACUCAUCACUAAUUACGCUAAUUAUGGAUUUGUAAGUGCAAGCAAAGCUUGUUGUGGGAAUAGUGGUGGGCAAUAUGCAGCAAUACUACCGUGCGGACCAACUUCGAGUCUUUGUUCGGAUCGAGAUAAACACGUUUUUUGGGAUGCUUAUCACCCGAGCCAAGCUGCUAACCUUAUAAUCGCUAAACAACUUUUGGAUGGCGACACUAGAUACGUUUCUCCCGUCAAUCUGCGACAGCUUCGUGAUCUCUGAUUUUUGCUUUUUUUUUUCCUAAAUUACAAAUAUAUUGUUGUAUUAUUGUUGUUUCUUGAUCUUGUUUCGGAUUUGUUUCGUUAAAAGGGAAAAAUAUAUAUAUCUAAUUGCUUAUGGUUUCACAA